AUGACUAUGCUUCGAAUUUUGUCGACGCUUCUCAGAGGAACUCAUCGGACUUCUUCCCGUUCCUUUUCUUCUUCUCGGCCUCCGAUCUCCACCGCGUUUGCUAGCUCACUCUCCGGGAAGCCGAAGAUUUCGUAUCAGAAUGAUUCUGGAGGCCAUACGAGAAGCUUACAUGUCUUGGAUCCUCGGAUUUGGAUGAUCUUUGCUGGACAAGCUGCAAUCCUUGGAUUUUGUGGGAACCUUGCUUUGGCAGAGGAUGAGUCUGUGAAGUCAAAACCUGGAGGUAACAUGGAAGAGAGUGGCGAUUCUGGGCUAGAGAGAGUUGAGGACGGUUCGGUUGUAUCGAAUAUACACACAUCUAAGUGGAGAGUGUUUACUGAUAGUGGAAGAGAUCAUUUCUUUCAGGGGAAAUUAGAGCCGGCCGAGAGGCUUUUCCGUUCGGCAAUACAGGAAGCUAAGGAAGGUUUUGGAGAGAAGGAUCCACAUGUUGCAUCUGCAUGCAACAAUCUGGCAGAGUUAUAUAGAGUAAAGAAAGAAUUCGCCAAAGCAGAGCCGUUGUAUCUGGAAGCUGUAAGUAUAUUGGAGGAGUCAUAUGGUCCUGAAGAUGUGCGUGUUGGUGCUACUCUACACAACCUUGGACAACUUUAUCUUGUCCAGCGAAAACUUGAGGAAGCUCGUUCGUGCUACGAGAUGAAAAGACGAGUCCUGGGACAGGGUCAUCCCGAUUAUGCAGAGACAAUGUAUCACCUUGGGACGGUAUUAAAUCUGCAGGGAAAAGAAACAGAUGCGGAGGCUCUUAUUCUGGAUUCUCUUAAAAUACUUGAGGAAUGUGGUCAAGGAGAGUCUGUAACAUAUAUCAAGAGACUGAGAUAUCUCUCUCAGGUAUAUCUACGAUCCAAUCGACUGGCUGAGACUGAAAACAUACAGAGGAAAAUAUUGCACAUGAUGGAAUUAUCAAAGGGAUGGAACUCAAUGGAGGCAGUAACUUCAGCUGAAGCAUUAGCGCUUACUCUACGAUUAUCCGGGCAGCUGAGAGAAGCUCUAGAACUUUUUGAAAAGUGUCUCAGUGCUCAAAAAAAUUUACUUCCGGAAGGACAUAUCCAGAUAGGUGGAAGUUUGCUGCACAUCGCCAAGACGUUUAUGCUUCAGGCUAGUCAGUUACGAAGAAGUGAUAACAGUGAAGCUCUAUCCAAACAAGAAAAAGCAAAGAAUUAUCUUGAAAACUCAGCUAGGAUAGCGAAAGAUGUUCUGCAUAAGCUGAAAAACCAAAAGAGCAAAGAGCAGAAACACGGAAAACCCAAUGUGACUCUAAGGAAUUAUGAACACGCAGCUUUAGUCAUACUGCUACAGUCCCUUGAGAGUCUUGCAGUUUUGGAGAUGAGCAAAAAUGAGAUCGAGGAGCUGCCAAAGAGAGAGCAUCUACAUGCAGCUGAAGAUUCACUUGUCCAAUGUGUUUCUGCUUACAAAGAGUUUGGUUGUGGAACUCAGUUUCAAGAUUCUCCUGAAGUAAAAUCUGAAUACCUUUCGUGCCUGAAGCAUCUCUCAGCUUUAUUAGCGAACAAAGAGACGAUGCAUAACUCCAGGGAAAGUCAUAUUUCUUUACCAGAAGUGAAGGAAGAGGUUAAGCGUACUGAAGUUGAUCUUCGUUCAUCACAUAAGAAAGGUUAA